AUGGCGAUACAAGUUAGUGAAACAAAAGACGAUGGAGAGGUGACCGAGAUUCCAGAUCCAAGUCAGCUCCUUAGCCUUUCAGAAGGAAGCGAAGAAAGCGAUUUUCCGGAGGGAGGGUUCAAGGCCUGGUCGGUGGUACUUGGAGCAUGGUGCGCGAUGAUACCGUCUAUGGGCUUAUUGAAUAGCCUUGGUAUUCUUCAUGCGUGGACUAGCACCCAUCAACUGAAGGACUACUCGGAGUCGAGUAUUGGAUGGAUCUUUGGCGCAUAUGGGUUUUUCCUUUACUUUGCUGGUGCUCAAAUAGGGCCGAUAUUCGAUGCAUAUGGCCCCAAUUAUGUGGUUAUCCCAGGGUCGUUCGCAAUGGUUGUUUCUUUAAUAUGCUUGAGUUUCAGCGAAGAAUAUUACCAAAUCUUCCUCUCCUUUGGCGUGCUAGGUGGGCUAUCUGCCUGCACCCUUUUCAAUCCAGCCAUCACUGUGGUUGGUCACUGGUUCAAUGUUCGGCGAGGCUACGCAACCGGUAUCGCCAGCACAGCUGGUGGGAUCGGCGGUGUGAUUUUCCCUUUGAUUAUUAUUUUUGCAGCACCCAAGAUCGGAUUUCCAUGGGCUAUACGUAUCAUCGCCUUCCUCAGCGCGCUGAUGUGUGCCGUUGCUUGCUUGCUUUUGAAGACCAGAUUUCCCGGAAACCUCAAGGCAGGUACAUCUGUGGACUUUAAGGCGUUGAAGGAUGUCAAGUAUGCUUCUACCACAGUCGCAAUCUUCUUGGUAGAAUUUGCAGUCUUCAUUCCGAUCACAUAUAUUGCAUCUUAUGCGAUACAUGUCGACGUGGAAGAUACCAUGUCUUAUCUCGUUAUAGCCUUCCUCAAUCUUGGAGCUAUCCCAGGACGCUUCUUGCCAGGAUUACUGGCCGACCGAGUUGGUCGGUUCAACAUGAUGGUAUUGACAUCGAUUGUCUGCGCAAUUCUUACUCUUGCACUUUGGUUUAGCGCAAGUGAUAAUCUAGCAGCGAUCAUCUGCUAUGCCGUGCUCUUUGGCUUCUGGAGUGGAGCUGCCAUCAGUCUUACGCCGGUGUGUAUUUCUCAAGUAUGUGCCACGGAAGAUUAUGGAAAGAGGAACGGGACUACGUUCACCAUCUCCAGUGUUGGUACUCUGACUGGCAUACCGAUUGCAGGGGCGAUUCUGCGGCGGGAUGGAGGGGAGUACGGGGGAUUGAUUAUCUUCGGUGGAGUUCUCUAUCUGGCGGCUGCUGUUGCGUUUGCUGUGGCUCGUGGAAUUUGUCGAGGCUGGUCGUUUAAGACCAAGUUUUGA